AUGCUAGCAACAUUUCCACUGGGCCUGGGAGAUGGACAGCUCUAUACCUGGACAGAUGGCUUGAAAAGAAAGGACUGGCAUAACUAUGAAAGUAUUCAGAAAGAUGCUAUGCGUACAGGGAAAGGUGAGCAUGGAAAGCCAUAUCCUCUAACGGAGGAUGACCGAGAUGAUUCUGCUUAUAGGGAGAAUGGCUUCAACAUACUUGUUAGUAACAACAUAGCCCUGGAACGAUCACUGCCAGACAUUCGACAUCCAAACUGUAAGCACAAGAUAUACUUGGAAAAGUUGCCGAAUACUAGCAUAAUUAUCCCAUUUCAUAACGAAGGAUGGACUUCACUCUUGAGAACCAUAUACAGCAUUAUCAACCGGACUCCAGACAUCCUUAUAGCUGAAAUCAUUCUUGUGGAUGACUUCAGUGACAGAGAACACUUGAAAGAGAAGUUGGAGGAGUACAUGGCCCGUUUCACCAAAGUGAGGAUUGUGCGCACCAAGAAACGAGAAGGGCUGAUUCGGACCAGAUUGCUAGGAGCCUCGAUGGCUAAAGGAGAAGUCUUGACGUUCCUGGAUUCCCAUUGUGAAGUCAACGUGAAUUGGCUGCCUCCAUUGCUUAACCAGAUUGCACUAAACCGCAAAACCAUUGUGUGUCCCAUGAUCGAUGUCAUUGACCACAAUCACUUUGGCUAUGAGGCACAGGCGGGGGAUGCCAUGCGAGGAGCCUUCGACUGGGAAAUGUACUACAAAAGAAUACCAAUUCCUCCAGAGCUCCAGAGGUCUGAUCCCAGUGACCCCUUUGAGUAA